CUUUCAUUAGAACUCUGUCCCUCUCUCCAUCUUUUUCCCUUCACUUGACAAUCAAAACCAACAGCCGCUUUGCUUAAAAACUCUCCCCCUUCCAUCAAGAAUUAGAAAUGACUUCUUGUUCUUCUUCUGGGCACACUAUGAUGAUUUCUCCGGGAAAGCUCCGGUCCGACCUCUACUCGUCGCCCUCGUACCAAGACUCCACCGACUCCGAAACCCCGCUUGUGAUCUCAGUCCUAUCUUCCCUUAUUGAACGGACCAUGUCACGCAAUGAGCGGAUUGCCAGGAAUUGCUCAUGGACUGGAGGUGACAGGGCUCGGAUGGUCUUCGACUGCUCGGAGAGGCCCGACAUGACUAUCCAGUCUUACCUCGAGCGCAUCUCCCGGUACACCAGGGCUGGCCCGUCGGUAUAUGUGAUCGCAUACGUGUACAUCGACCGCUUCUGCCAGGCCAACCCGGGAUUCCGGAUCACUUUGAGGAACGUGCACCGGCUUCUCAUCACGACAAUCAUGGUGGCCUCCAAAUAUGUAGAAGACUUGAAUUACAGGAACUCGUACUAUGCGAGAGUAGGGGGAUUGAGGACGGAGGAGAUGAACAGGCUGGAGAUGGAGUUUCUGUUCCUGAUGGGGUUCAAGCUGCACGUGAACGUGAGCGUGUUCGAGAGCUACUGCUCCCAUUUGGAGAGAGAAGUCGGCAUCGGCGGAGGCUACCACAUCGAGAGAGCUCUCAGAUGUGCAGAGGAAAUCAAGGCCAGGCAAUGGCAGACACAAGAACGAAGAUAUCAUCCCCACCAUCCUCACGUCAUUGCUCGGAUUACACUAUGAAACGAAUGAAUCAGGCGGGGGGGGAUCACAAUCAUUAUAUAUCUGUGUCCUUACUGGGCAGUUUGAGGAAAUUAAGGUUCGAUGCAACUGGGUGUACAGGUUCUGUUCUUAUGUAUAAUAGCACAUAUGCACGCAUGGCCAAUUAAUUAAGCGCUUUCUUGGAUUUUGAGGGAACUAGCUAGGAAUUUCGAGGGUUAUACUUAUUUGCGUCCUAAUUGGAGCCUCCGACUGAUUUCGUCCUGGUUUUAUACCGAAUCACUUUCCCAGUAUCGAUUUUUAAGUAUGAAGACGUGGAAGAACAUUUUAUCCCUUCCCACGAGGAUAUCGGUCCA